CUUUUUGUUCAUGAGAAUUCAUGAGAAGCCAAAAAAAAAGCUGAUAUUCUUUUCUCCGCUUUGGGUUGGUCUUGAUAGCACGGUGUAAAAAAAAAAAGAAAGCGUCUUCAUUUAAACUGCUGGUAUUGUUCUUUUUCCCUCACUGCACGUUCCAACCGUGUCCAUGGAAUUUGCACCACCACCACCUUUGGGAUUUCCGUGCAUCGACUUUGUACGCGAUCGUGUAAAAACAGUAUUUGACCAACUCAGCCAAGAACAAGCCGACGUUCGCCACAGCUCCGGAGAGGAUCUCGUCAUUCGCCAUUUUGAAGUACCCUCUUAUGUCACCUCUUCUUUGCCAAGAAAACCGAAAACCAAGGCAUGCUUAUCUUGCAAGAGCAGAAAACUAAAAUGCGACGGAGAGCAACCGUGUGUUCGUUGUAUAGACGCCGGUGAAUCAUGCCAAUAUCCGCCUGGCAUUCAACCUCUCCCAAAAUCGACGGUAGCCGACUCGCGCUUGACCACAUCCGGUUCGUCCCAUCGUUCUUCUGACCACACCGUUAGCGCAGAUCAAUCCAUAUCAUCUGCUUCUCACACAAUGCAUUCACAUCAUGACAUCCUAUCACGUGUAAAUAUUCAGCAACCGCUCAUCACCAACCGAUUCGGUCACUACAUGGGUGAGACAUCCUUCUACUAUGAAGUGUCCGACACGGCACCAUCCAUGAUUGAAAAAUUUCCCUCCAUAGCGAAUAUGCGAGCACCCACAUUCAGUCUGGACGAUCAAGCCUAUUUAAUCGAUCUGUAUUUCUCAUUUUCUCAUCCCUAUGCGCCCAUCAUCAGCAAAGUCAGUCUAAAACAACAAUUGUAUCAAUGGCAACUCGGCAAUCCGACAUUUCUCUCACCGUUAUUCUUCUUUGCCUUUUUCGCUUUUGCUUCCACAUUUUCCGAUCGAGCCGACAUUACGGACAAGGGACAAAAACUGUUGACUUACUGCAACGCUCUGCGUGAUGUAUACUUGGACAAACCGCGGGUCAGCACGAUUCUUGCCCUGUUACUCAUGGCUCAGCAUUUGGAGCAACAAAAGCUGCAUGAAAAAUUGAGCCGCGUAUGGAUAUGGUCUGGAGAAGCGUUCCGUAUGACACAAGAUAUGGGCCUGCAUCGCCAAUGUAACACAACAGUCGACGGAUUUUGUAAAGAAUUACGAAUUCGGGCAUUCUGGAUUGCAUUCAUGGCCGAUCGAUGUUUGGCAAUGGUUUACGGUAGACCUCUCGUAUUCGAUGAAAGGGACAUCACUGUCCCCAUUCCAAGUUUUACCGAGUACGAUGCAGAGGAGGAUCAACAGUGGAUUACAAACUUUGCCGUGUUCAUUGAUCUGAGCCGGAUUUCGGGGCGUCUCAUUAAGAAUUUCUAUAUGCCUCAAUCUCCUAUUGAAGGCCCUUCCACGCCAUGAGGUCAACUCUUGAUAAUUGGAUUUAUUCAUUGUUCAACGAGAAGCCAAAGGAAGAUGACGAUGGUGCCGAUACGGAUGAAAUGCUGUCCGACAGUUUAGCAAUGACUCAGCAGCGAUUUGACACGCAAAAGCAGAUGUGGCUUCACGGAUUGCUCAUUCUCCUUCAUUCGCCCUUUAUGAAUCAUGAACUGGCGCAGAAAUCCGUCUCCUCUUCCACUAGUCUCGAAAUAUGCUAU